UCAAGGCGCCCUUCCCCUCCAGCAGGGAGACUAAGGGAGUGAGAAUAAAGACAGAUAGCGGAUCGAGCCACGGGGAAGGAGAGGAAGGAGGGAAGGAGGGAGGGGGGGACGGAAAGCCAAAGAAAGUUUCUGCCUAACUUUGCUAUUGCUGCUGCCACCGUAGAUCAGCAGCUAUGCUGGGGGUGGACGGCGUGCUGGAGCUUGGAGGGCUCAGAUCGCCUUAGGAAAGGCAGGAAGGGGGGGGGAAAGGGAGCUGGAAAGAUUUAGGGCGCAAGGAAAACGGAGAGGAGCCCCCCUCCCUCCCUUCUCCCCCACCCCCUCUGGUAGGGGCCCACGAGGAAGCCGUGCAGGGUAGCAAAAAUCCCCCACAGGGAGGAGGAGGAAAGUUGAUCCAGCGAGAGAGGGGAGGGGGGAAAGACCAUCUCCGAGAGGGCAGCUUCGGGUGGGCAAGGAUGAGCCUGUUGUCAGCCAUCGACACCAGCGCUGCCUCCGUCUACCAGCCCGCGCAGCUGCUCAACUGGGUUUAUCUAUCCCUGCAAGACACGCACCAGGCCAGCGCCUUCGAUGCCUUCCGACCGGAGCCUUCGUCGUCUCAGCACCCGGAGCUGAGCUACCCCAGCAAGAGCAGCGCCGAGCUGGGCUCCUCCCUCAGCUCCAGCUAUCUUAACAGCUUCUUCCAGCUCCAAAGGAACGAGGCACUGAGCAGCAGCCUCUACAAGAGUGCCUCUCCCUAUGGCUCCCUUAAUAACAUAGUAGAUGGCUUGAGCUCCCUCACCGAACAUUUCUCCGACAUAUCCCUCUCCUCAGAAGCCAGAAAGCCCAGCAAGAGACCACCACCCAACUACCUGUGCCAUCUUUGCUUCAACAAGGGACACUACAUCAAGGACUGCCCACAGGCACGUCCAAAAGGAGAAGGCCUAACACCGUACCAGGGGAAAAAGCGCUGCUUUGGUGAAUACAAAUGCCCCAAAUGCAAGAGAAAAUGGAUGAGUGGAAACUCCUGGGCCAACAUGGGACAAGAAUGUAUCAAGUGCCACAUCAAUGUGUAUCCUCACAAGCAGAGACCCCUGGAAAAGCCCGACGGCCUGGAUGUUUCUGAUCAAAGUAAAGAACACCCUCAGCAUCUCUGUGAGAAAUGUAAAGUUUUGGGGUACUACUGCCGCCGUGUGCAAUAAAUCAACACAGGGAUCACCUCUGCCACCACGUUUUUAGAUCCUCUGGCGGCAAACAGUCAAAAGGAAAGAGGAGGGGAGAAAAAAAGAACAUCAAACAAGAACCCCAAACAUCACCAAUAUUGCCUAUCAACAAACUAAUAAUACGCCUUACCUUUAAUAGAAUGUAACCCUUUUCCUGUGUAUGUGUAUACAUGCAAGUUGUAUUUAUAGGACUAUGGUGUGUUUAUAUAUAUAUAUAUAUAUAUAUAUGAAACAGAUGUUACUGAUGUAGGGCACAAACUGUCAAGCGCUGCUGCUGCUGUACGGCUGCCGUCCUUUCCUGUGAGUCUUGCAUAACAGCCUCACACGAGCCAGAUUGAAACAGGUGGGGUGGUGGUCGUACAGUAGCAGUUUUUGCUGGGCUGUGCCCAUCAUGUUCAUGAUGAAAUCACCGAUGUGGUUUCUGUUGAUUGUUUACACAGUUCCAAUAUCCUGCCCAGGUGAAACAGUAUUGUUCGUCAAGAGAGGUAUAUAAUAACGUCAUGGCUUUUGCAGGCAUUAGACAAAAUGGGUGGAAAUGUUAAAUGUGGGUUCUAGCCAAUGCCACAAACAAUAUAUUUUUCUAACACAAUGAGGGCUAAGCUAGAAAGGGCAUGUGUGUGUGUGUGCGUGGGAGGGGGGAAUGUUCAUUUUCCUUGACUUUUGGGUUGGUCUGAGAGUUGCAUCUGGUUGCUUGCUUUCCAAGAGUCCAGGGCCACUGAAAUGAGACUUUUGGUAGGCUUUUUGAUUAAUAGAAUCUUGAGGGUUAAAAAGAACAAGUGAAUAAUUGUUUGAGGGAGUGUUUUGCAUCAAAGUAUAAUGGUAGAACAGGAAGGGUCGAUCAGGAAUUCAUCUUUCUUAGCCAGUAGUCUUAAGCAUGCUUCCUCAGAAGAAGUUCCACUGAAAUCUAUAAGGCUACUUUUGAGCAAAUGCACUUAGGAUGCAUUUGUUGUUUCAGGGCGUUGUUGACCAAUACUGUACCCUUGUCACAAUUUCUAAAGCUUCUCCUUCCUUUCUUUAUGUACUUGCUAUGCAAGUGGUGGCUGAAAUUCCUACUGUUGUGAAUGCCACAUAACCAACCAUCUUAUAUAGCCAACACGAUAAAUUCAACUUUCUUUGUCUCACCAUAGCAGGCUAUUCCAAGCCCUCCCUGCCCCAUCAUAAUUCUCAUUCACAUACUCUGUAGUGCAGUUUGGCCCUUUGCUCCUUUUAGAGCAAAGACCCUACAGAUUUUUUCCUGCAGUGAAAUGCGGUAUCACUAACUGAUCUGCUCACACGCUAUGUUCAAGAUGUACGUACUCUCCGCAUCUAAAGAAACACACCAGCUCCCUAAACAAUAGAUAGUGGGAGUUUCCCCAUAACCCUUCAGCGGUUCCUAAACAAAAAAAUAUUGUUGAUGUAUUCAUUUAUGAGCUCUGUUUGAACUGUGCUUGAGCCACACAUGACUUAAAGACAGUGAUGGCGGAGGGCAGGAAUGGAUAGACACUUGGGCAUUGCCAAGCAAUAUGGCACAUUAUAAAUGAAGGAAAUUUCAUACGUUACACCCCUCACAUAGAUAGGGUCCACUGAAAAUUGUUGUGGCAUGGUGGUACUCUGCACAAAGCAUGUUUGUAAUCAAGCUCAUCACAAAAGGCUCAUGCAGAGCAAUGUAAUAGUUCAGAAGCUCUCCAUGUUCGCAACGGCAGACCCUAUGAUUUGGCAAAAUGGUUAUGGACAAUCCUCAUGUGAUUGGGUCGGAGCUAAUGCAAGUGGCCCAAACAGUACACCCACCACUUGGAGUGCCACUAUGCCAAAGAUUUUUGGUGGGAGCCCUAACACCUUAAUCAGCCUUGAGCUUAGAACAGCAUAAAAAGCACGAUGGGAGUUUGGGACAAGGAACACCUCAUUCACUUGCUUUCAUCACUGCUUACAAGCUUCUAUGUGGCCUACUUUUUGUUAGACGUAAGACCAAAAAAAGCUCAAUCACAAGACUGAGUGCCCAAACUGCUUAGAAAACCCAAACCAUAUUGCAUGCUGUUACAGGGUUGCUACUUCAACAUCACUGCAGAAUAUAUGCCAGUACAAAUAUUUAGGACCAGGGUGGGCAGAGGUAAAUUUACUGUGAAUUAUGGGAGACUUAUUCUCCAAACCUUAACUGAAUAUAUACUUGGGGCUACUUAUUGUGUAUUCAAUGACACUUUCAGGAAACAACUACACUAAUUUCCUAUUAAAUAUCAAAUAAUAUAUCAAAGUAGCCAUAGGGAUAUCAUAGGAAUGCAUAAAGGAAAUUACACUGCAAAGCUGUCCCUUCUUCCUAUCUUCCAAAACAUUACUAUAUAGUUUAGGGGAAAUGUAAUAAUUGCAUCAAGUGAGAGAAUUUUCAAGUGUUAUUUGUGAAGUAGGUAUAUUAUUGGAGCUGCUCUAACUCCUUUCUGUAUUAUGUAUUAAAUUUAAGAGCAGGGAUAAAGCAGUGACUGGACCAUUUGCCUGCACAACCUGUUUCUACAGAGAAUCACAGGUGGACUGUGGCUCUGGAUAGUAAUCACUUGAGAUGAUCUUCAACGGGGAUGUUUUGGUUCCUGGCAAAGCAGGAUCAUUUCUGUGUCAAAUCAUCUCAUGUCAGGUCAGCUAAGGAUGAUGCCAUGUUAUCCAUAAACACUUGUGGUGACAGGUAGGUAGCCGUGUUGGUCUGAGUUGAAGCAAAAUAAAAAAAUUCCUUCAGUAGCACCUUAAAGACCAACUAAAUUUUUAUUUUGGUAUGAGCUUUCGUGUGCGUAUCUGAAGAAGUGUGCAUGCACACGAAAGCUCAUACCAAAAUAAAAACUUAGUUGGUCUUUAAGGUGCUACUGAAGGAAUUUUUUUAUUUCACUUGUGGUGAGUAUUUCUAUCAGCAGUAGCAGUGAAGUGCUUCACUGAUUAUCAUCAUGUAUAAAAAAAACAAUACUUAAAAGAUUUUUCACAACUAGAACCCAGUAGGGUAAUAGUGGGCUGGAGGGCAAAGAGAGUUUGGGCAGAUCAUCAACCAUCAUUGCAGUGGUCCAGAAGCUCAAGUCUCCUUCCAUUCCCAUGGUAAACACAGGAGGUUGCCUUAUGCUGAGUCAGGCUGGCAGCAACUCUCAAGGAUCUCAUGCAGUAAAGACUUUCCUCCAGACUUCUGCAUUUCCCCUACCACUGAGCUAUGGUCCCACCUGUGGGAUGUGGGCCUGAAGGCAGACAGUGGUUUUGAAGAGCAUUGAAAGUGCUAUGGCAGAGGUGUCUUUUUCACUGUUACCUUGGCCAAAGAGAUGUUGCAGGUUUCUGAAGCACUAUGAAACCUGCCAGACCUCUUUAAUGAAACUGGAUACACCAUGAUAAAUGAUGCUUCUCAUACCGCCACCAACACACUGAAAAUAAUUGCUGUGUAUCCUGGUUCCGUGCCACAGUGGUUAGGGGCAGAGGACACCAGCACUUAAGUACAGCAGCAAGCCAACCUGAAGCUGAAUGUGGCAGAGCUCUUAAAGAAACAGGUGCACUCUUUCUAUGUCCAUUAGUAGAAGCCCUAUUCCAGUAACAAAUUUCAUUGUGAACCUGUCAUGAUGUUGCCAAAAACAUAAAUUCAUUUUAUUUUCCUAAUGUCCAUUCAGCAAAUAAGUCUCAUGUGGAUGGCAGGCGGUAUUCAUUCAGAAUCCGUUGAAAUUAAUUAACUUAAUUUAAAUAGUUUAUAGCAUCAUCUAGCAGCACUGCGUGUGACUGUGCCUCAGUAUCUCUGGGCUAGAUCCUGCAAUAAUGACUGAUUUUAUCAACUUUGACAAGUCAUGAAUUCUCUCUAGGCCUCAAUAAAAUGGGUGUGACAUGAAUCACCAUGCCUACCAUCUGUGGGUAUUAUGAAUUCUGUCAAAUACAACUGUAGAGCCAGUGUGGCUUUUGUUUUCAAAUAUAGUUCCCUGAGUGACUUAUGAGUGACUCAGUGACCACUUGAAGAUAUUGUGAUUAUACAAAAGCAAGGGAUCAGGCCAUUUCUGCAUCAAAUAUUGUUUACAUGUGCAGUUAUCCUGAGACAGAAACCCCUGAACUUCUUUCUCUGCUUUGUUUCAUGAUCAAGGGGCCGAUCAAAAGCAGAAAGAAGCAGAAAGCAAGGAAGACUGCCCCUGUAUAAAAAGUUCUAACUUUCCUUCCAUUUCAUUGCCAGAUUAAGUGACUGUGUAAAGAUAUUGGGCAUGUGGAGGUGAGUGGUGGCAUUUAAAAACUUGAACUUUUAGUGUCAAUUCUGUUUCACGCUUGCGAGAGAGUUAACAAUAUGGUUACAAAAGAGCCAUAUGUUAUAUCAUAUACAGUAUUUCUCUUUGACCACUUAUGAAAUGUUAGCAGUAAUAUCUCCAUAUCUAAUAAGGAGAAGUGAAAUAUGAACUAGGACAGCUUGUAACUGGGGUUGCAAUGCCCAACUUUUCUCAGAAAACAAUCUGUCUCUUUUUAAGAAAUACAUUUCUAGUGCAAAUUUAGUGCUGUUACAUCACAUCCACUUGCAGAAAAUGCCAAAAAUAUGCUUUGCAAACAACACACCUGGAAAAUCUGGAAGUUGUUUUUUCAACAUGUGCUAAAAAAUAAUGGGCGGUUUUACACAUCUUUUUUACAUAUGAAGAUAAGCCAUUCAUAUAGGUACAUGUGCAGGAUUAUCCUGACUGGUAUAUAAAGACACUUCUAAAUUUGACUUCUUACAGCAGCACAUAGAGCAGUCUUAAAUACCACUCUGGAGCCGCCGCUGCCCCUCUAAUAUUCAGUAGUGGCUUUUCAGGGGGUACUAAGUGCUGAUUUUGGAAGGCCCAUCUGAAAAGUUGUGGUGCAUAUUCACCCAUGUGAAUUGGCAACUCACAGGUCUCCAUCAGCUCUCCUACCAGUGCCAAUGUUACAUUUAUCUCUGGUAUGUGGGGGCACUGGUUUUCCAACAAAUGUGCCAGCGACAAAAUAAAAUAUAGAGAUUUGUGCAUGAAAAGUGCCAUGCUUUAUAUGUCACAGAACCACCUGCUGACUACUGUUCCAUGUAACCCCUGUUUGCAUAAAAUCUUUUUGAGCCUAAUUGAGUGAAACUGGAAAUUCCAGUGAAAAUGAAAUGUGAGUUUAGGAUUAUGGAGUUAGAUCCCUCCCCCUCCCAAAUUAGUUGUAACUAAAGCAGCAUGAUCCAACCAAAGCGAAGCACUUUUUAGGUCCCAUCCAUUUCAAUGGCAAUGUUAAGCACAUCAGGGGAUAAGGCCAGAGCUCAGGCCAUAUGGGUUGCAUGCCUAAGAUUCUAGGAUAAAUAUCUGGUACUCCCACCUUUUAAAAAGGGUUCUCUGAUAGCGGGGCUGGGAAAUACCUCCACCCACCACAUUAGAGAACUACUGCCAGGCAGAAUAGAGAGCUCUUAUCUUGGUGGGCCAACUAUUUGGUUUUGUAUGAGGCAACUCCCAAAAUCUGUUGUAAUCAGUGGGACUUAGAAGUGCUUACCUUUGGCUACAUGGUGCCCAAUACGUUGUUCUAUACAUUAUUCAGGCUUCUGAUCAUGCAAGUGCUAAAUCAUCCUCAUGUAAGCCUUGUUAAAAUUUAAGCAAGCAGAUAUUGGGUUUAAACCUUGUUAAAAUUUAAGCAAGCAGACUAAACGGAAUGAUCCACACUCUCAUUCUUUAAGGCAGUGUGUGUGUGUGUGUGUGUGUGUGUGUGUGUGUGUGUGUGUGUGUAUAUAUAUAUAUAUAGGAUAUCAGUGCCUAUCUGUUUUAUGUCUACAAAAACCACUGCCUCUGGAAGUAUUGUUGAAUGGCUGUAGCACUCAGUAAGACGGCUGAAAUUGUAGCUAUACAAAUGAAGGUUUGUGUUUUUUUAGGAUGAAUAUCAAAGGGACAAUCGUGUGCAGUUAAUAAGAUGUAGUCAAUUGAUAUUAAUGUUUACCCCUGUUAUGAAAUAUUUUACAGUUUUACUUGCAGAUGUGUAUUUAUCUUGAGUUAUACUUGACAUAGAGUUCCUUUCUUCUUCUUUUUUAAUUCUGUGUGUGUAUUUUGGGAAAAAACUUUUUAGGUGUUUAAAUUUUUGAAUGGUUACAAAUAUUACUUUGUAAUACUGAAUUGUUAUCUGGAAACUCUUUGCAGUAACCUUUUUUGUAUAUAUUUGAGGGCCUUUUUUAAAAAAACACUAUUGUUUGUUCUGUUUGGGUUUUUUUAAAAGUGUUUUUACAACUCUGAAGUUUUCAAAAAGGGCCUUGGAUUUUUUUUUACUAGAAUACUAACAGAGCUAAGAGUUUUCUUAAGUAUUAUACAAAAUUAAGGAUGUAUCCUCAAGAAAAUAUUUAUGAAAGGAAUUUGCUUUUUUGCUUUUGCUUUUUUCCUUUUUUUACAAUGCUUUUGUCUGUAUAAAGUAUGCAACAGAACUACAUUAAGAAGGAAAUAUUGUCUACAUAGAAUAUUAUAUGAAAGUUGGUACAUAAUUCUGACAUGAAGAAAAAAAACCUUGCAAUUCUUUAAGCCAUAUUGUUGUUGUUUUUGUUGUUGUUUUCCUUUGGAUGAAAAUAUCAGUAUUAAGUAACCAGUAUAUUAUUCAGGUGUUUAGAACUUAUAUUAAUAUGCUUAUUUGGUUUAUUUAUAUGUGUAUUUUGAAAAGUAUUGCCUUUUUAGAGAAGCUAUAACUGAUUUGGUAAGAAUCAGAUGUUACACUAUCACUUUAUGACCUUGUGAAAGACACACUUGUUUAUAGCCCACUCCCCAAACUUAUGCUAAGGAUGGGGCUAUAAUGACUUCUAUGUCAGCAGUUUUAUAGUAGCAUAGCAGGGACUCCGGUGCAAAGAGUUAGAUUUGAAGUGUAAAUGCUCAAAGGACUUAUUCACACAUUAGGUUUUCAAGGUGUACAUCUAGUUUUUUUAAAUAACCCAUACCUUAAUGUGUAAGGGGUUAAUGUGACAAACAUUUAACAUCAUUUAGAUUCGACAGCAGGGUUUGCUGCAGCUCCCUGGUUUUGUUGCAGUGUAAUGUGUGAAAUGAUCCAAAGAGUCCAGAUUUGGCUUUCAGAAAUUCUGUAACACGGUUAUAUUAUCUGAUUAUUAUUAUUUUUACACUAUCUCUUCAGGGUGGGUGGGUGGGUGGGUGGGUAGACAUGGUUUUGCUAAGGAAGGCUCACAACAGUUUGCAAAGACGCUGUGGGAUUUGCGAUGCCAUGCUAGCAGUAAAACAAUACAGUACUAUCAAUCAGUGGCCAUAAUCAAGAGUUAGAUUGACACAAGCAUUUUGUGUUUGUUUUUUAUUUAGAAUUCAUAAAAUGAUACAAUAUGCAUGUGCACAUAUUAUAUGCAUCUUACGCUUUAUGGUUUCACAUAGCUCCAUUAUAUUUAGAUUGUUUGUGUGAUUCUUAAACCAUGCUAAAAUAGGAGAUAGGUUCAAUCCUGUACUGAGCUUGUUUUUCCUUUACAAAGGUUAUUUAGAGCAGCAAUCACUACAUUUUUAUAAAACUAACCCUGUUAUCAUAGUAAUGUCUCUACCAGUUUAGAUUAGUUCAAUUACUUAUAAACUUAAAGAAAACAACACCAUAGCUGUACCCACAGACUUCUUUUCAGUUUAAGUCAUAUAAUUUUUCUCUUCUGUAACUGGUAAUUAAUUUGUACAGCUUAAAAAUAAUGAUGAUGAUGAUAACACUUCUAUGGACAUAGGCCUCAGGGGUGCCAGGCUUAUUUCAGCCACCAAGGUGAUAACUGGUUAACUGGGUUGUUUAAAAGACUGUCAAACCUCUGUUGUGGAUUGUCCAUAAAAUGGCAUUCCGACAUGUGCCUUAUUUGCUGAAUAGUAUAUGGCUUGCUUUUAGCAUUAUAGCAGUUUAAUGCUGUAUUAAAAUACUGCAAAAACAAA